UUUAUGAUUUUUUUCAUUUCAUGAAGACUGUGCACUAUAUUUUACCAAAAGAACUCAGUCACGGACAAUUGACCAUGGAAAUGUUCGAUAAACAAACUACCUUGGCAAUGCGGAAAAAACUUAUUGGGCAAUCUUGCCGGCUUUUCUACUCGGAUGAUCCGGUGAAGAUAGUUAGAGCUCGCGGACAGUACUUAUAUGACGAGAAUGGGACGAGGUAUCUGGAUUGCAUCAGUAAUGUUCAUCACGUGGGGCACUGCCACCCAGCGGUUACCCGGGCUGCUUCAGCUCAGAUGGAGCUCCUGAACACCAACUGGCGCUUCCUGCACGACAACAUCAUCCAUUAUGCCCAGCGCCUCACCGCCACCCUGCCAGACAAGCUCUGCGUCUUCUACUUUGUCAACUCUGGCUCUGAGGCCAACGACCUUGCCCUGCGGUUGGCUCGCCAGUUCACCCAGCACGAGGACGUCAUUGUGCUGGACCACGCAUACCAUGGGCACCUGACGUCACUGAUCGACAUCAGUCCGUACAAGUUCAGAAGACUGGGGGGUCAGAAAGAGUGGGUUCACGUGGCGCCACUCCCAGACACCUACAGGGGGCGCUAUCGGGAGGACCACCCUGACCCUGCGCAGGCCUAUGCAGACACCGUGAGGGAUCUGAUAGAGGAGGGUCACAAGAAGGGUCGCAAGAUUGCAGCUUUUUUUGCGGAGAGUUUGCCCAGUGUGGGAGGCCAGAUUGUCUUCCCCAGUGGAUACUUCCAGAAGGUAGCAGAGUACGUCCGCGGGGCGGGGGGGGUGUUCGUGGUGGAUGAGGUGCAGACGGGGUUCGGCCGAGUGGGGACCCAGUUCUGGGGGUUCCAGCUGCAGGGGGAGGAGUUCUGCCCCGACAUCGUGACCAUGGGCAAGCCGAUGGGGAACGGGCACCCGCUGUCCUGCCUGGUCACCACGCGCGAGGUCGCUGCUGCGUUCACUGCCAACGGCGUGGAGUACUUCAACACGUUUGGCGGUAACCCCGUGUCGUGUGCGAUUGGCCUGGCGGUUCUGGACGUGAUCGAGGAGGAGGACCUGAGGAGGAACGCCAGGGACGUGGGAGAGCAGCUCCGAGGCCGACUGCGCGGCCUGAUGGCCCAACACCCCCUCAUUGGGCACGUGCGGGGCGCGGGGCUGUUCGUGGGGAUGGAGCUGGUGACGGACCGAGAGACGCGCGCGCCUGCUACAGCCACCGCCGGGGAGCUUGUGCGCAGGCUGAAGGACGAGUGCAUUGUUGUGAGCACAGACGGCCCUGAUGACAACGUUAUCAAGUUCAAGCCGCCGAUGUGCUUCAGCUCAGCCGACGCAGAACUCGUCGCCCGGAAAAUAGACCUGAUUCUGACCGAUAUGAAGUCGGACAGACAAAAGACAAGCGGAGACGUUUGAGAACGUUCCUGACCAAGGCAACUUAAAAUAGGGACGUCAACACCCGGCUGCCCUCUGGCCCAGUGCAGUGAAGACAUUUUCAAAGAGGGGUUCUUUUUAUUGCAUGAAUUCAAUCACAAGAUUAAUGAAGUAUGAACUACUCCACACAAUCAACUGGCAGAACUGGAAACUGCACAGCACUGAUGUAGCUCAGCUGAUGCACAUUAAAGACUGGUGAACGUACGAUUACCCAUAA